CAGCAACAAAAUUGAAGAGAAAGAGGGCAAUGCAGGUCAGGCAUCCAUAGUUUGCCCAUUAACAAGAACAUGGAAGCUGACAACAAUAACAAUUAUUGGCUAUGGUUCCAUACCUUGCAGUAAUUUUAGUUCCAUGUUUUUCUUCCCAAUACUGCAUCCAAUUCACAAAUAGAAGACAUAGUUUGGCUACUUUGUCUUUUGAUCCGACAACUUCAUCUUCUUUGAGCUCUUCCUAUUCUAAUUCUCCUGUAACUGCUUGCUCAACCAACACAAAAUUUGUGCCAAAUAUAAGGAGUAAUGAUGGUUGUUUGACGGAUGUACAUAGAGACGACAAAGUUGGUAAAGAACCCACACCAAAAUAUGUGGAGAUUGAAGAAAAGCCGGUGGUUAGAAGGCAGCCUUUUUGGCAGAAACUUCUGUUUACAUCCAAGAAGAUCAGAAGUAUUAUCUUGCUUAAUGUCAUCACCACUGUUUAUGCAAGUGAUAUUCCAGUUAUAAAAACAGUUAAAACUAUAAUGGAUCCAGCACCUUUUUCUGCUGCGCGGUUUGUCAUGUCAGCCAUCCCAUUCUUGCCCUUUGUGCUUGGGGCUCGAGAUGAUGUUCAGAUCCGGAAGGCAAGAAUAGAGUUGGGACUCUGGGUCAGUGGAGGCUACUUUGUUGAGGCACUUGGACUACUUACAGCUGAUGCUAGGCGUGCAUCAUUUAUUUCUCUAUUUACGUUUGGAGAUCUUUUAAGCUUUUUGAGCGCAAUAUUUUUUGGAAUUCACAUGCUUUGAACCGAAAAUCUUUCAAGAAGCACAAAG